AUGGAUAAUAGACGUUCAUUACAAAUUCCACCAGACUUUGCACUUUAUGCAGAACAAAAUGGUCUAUUUGAAUUAUUUCAGCGUUGUAUUUCAUUAAUGCUCGUCGAUCGUCCUGAUGAUCCAAUAGCAUAUCUUAUUGAUUUAUUGAAAAAAGAUUUUGAUGCACCAAAAAUUAUUAUUCUUGGUCCUCCAGCAUCUGGUCGUCAUACAAUAGCUAAGAUGUUACAAAAAUCAUUAAAUGCAGUUUUAAUUGAACCAAAUGAACUUUUAAAUAAUGUAUCAAAGAAAUUCAAAGAUAAAUUACCAGCAAAUCCAACUAUUGACAAUAUUCCACCAGCAUUAUGGGCCCAAUUUUAUAAAGAACGAUUAAAAGAUUUCGAUUGUUUUCGUUGUGGUUGGAUUUUAGUUGAUUUUCCAAUGAAUCGUGAACAAGCAUUGGAAUUACAAUCGAUUGGUAUACAUCCCAAGCAUGUAGUUUGUUUCGAAGCAUCUGAUACUGUUCUGAUUGAGCGUGCUGCUGGAAAACGAAUUGAUCCAAAAACCAAAGAUAUUUAUCAUGUAACAUGGAAUAUUCCAAAUUCCUAUGAUAUUCAAGAACGUUUAGUGCAAUUAGAAGAAAAUUCUGAAAAAAUCAUGAUUUCACGUUUAAAACUUUAUCGAAGAAAUAUUGAUGGAAUUAAAGAUUGUUUCAAGUCAAAUUUACGUGCAAUUAAUGCAGAUCAACCAUUAAAUGAUGUUUUUACACAAGUAUAUUCAUAUGUAAUAAGAAAACCACGUUCUGUCGCUCCACAUACUCCACGUAUUAUUAUUCUUGGUCCAACUGGUAGUGGACGAAAAACAGUUGCAAUACAAAUUUCAAAAAAAUACGAUAUACCAAUUGUUUCAAUUCCAACACUUAUAAAACAACAAAUUGCUAAUCAAACACCGAUGGGUGUUAGCAUGAAACCUUAUGUCACUCGGCAAACAUUAGUUCCGAUUAGUUUAUUAAUGCAAUUAGUACGAGAACGUUUGAAUCAAAAAGAUUGUAUAACAAAAGGAUGGAUAAUGAUUGGCUUUCCUCGUACACGUGAACAAGGAGAAAAUUUAGCUCGAAUACCUGGUAUAAUACCUAAUCGAAUUUUCUUUUUGGAUAUUCCUGUUGAUAUUGCUUUGGAACGUUUAAGUCAGAGAUUAUUAGAUCCAAUAACAGGUGAUCGUUUUCAUAAGCAUGAACAACCUGUAUCAACACAAGAUAGAAAACAACGUUUAAUUCAACAUCCAUCUGAUAAUAAUGAAGUUGUAAAAAAACGUUACGAAGCAUAUUAUAUGUAUUAUGAUGAAUUACAAGAGUUUUAUUCACCACAACAUGCAAUUCAUAUACCAGCUGAUCAAGAUGCUUAUACUGUAUUUGAAGCUAUUGAAGCUGGAAUUGUUAAUCCAUUAAAAAUAGAUGCAUAA